UCUGGUCUUGUGGUGUCAGUGACGGGGAGGGGAGAUGACAGGAACUGACGGGACAGGGAAGAGGAAGAGGGAACAACCGGCAGAGGAGAAGACACAUCAAUGCAAAGAAAACUUCCUGCCCAAUCCCUGCGAUACAAUCCGCCGGGAAGAAAAGGGCGACACAACGCCGGGAGAGCGGAGGAGAUGAAACUUCCAAUAAUCUGUCGGGACCAGACUGACCCCAAUGUCCGAUCUGCAGCCUGAUUACAUAUCAGUGAGGAGGAAAGGUUAUAAAGAUUUCCAGAGGACAAAUGUCUCACAAGGUUCUUCUUCUGGCCAUCCACCACCUUGUAACUGUUUUGUUUUCCACCAAUGCCAGUCCAGGGGUUCUUCUUCCCGGGCGUCCCUUUGUCGCGGUCUGGAACGCCCCGACCAGCCAGUGCUGGGAGAAGUAUGGCGUGGACCUGGACUUGGAUCCCUUUGACAUUGUGGUCAAUGAGAACCAAUCCUUCUCAGGAAGUGAGAUGGUGAUCUUCUACAAAACCGAGCUUGGGCUGUACCCAUAUUAUGACCCGGAUGGCAAUCCGGUCAAUGGCGGCUUGCCGCAGAACACCAGCCUUAGUGACCACCUUAACCUGGCUUACAAAAACCUGAUGACCACGAUCCCAUCCCCGGACUUCAAGGGGGCGGCUGUCCUAGACUGGGAGGAUUGGAGGCCCUUGUGGGAUCGGGACUGGGAUAGAUUGAACAUCUAUAGAGAACGUUCUCAGCAACUGGUGCAGGAGAGACACCCAUCGUGGCCUGCGGAGAAGGUACUGCUGGAGGCCCAAAGAGAGUUUGAGGAGGCCGCUGAAAAGUUUAUAACGUCCACGUUGGCCUUAAGCCGUAAACUAAGGCCCGGUGGGCUGUGGGGCCUCUACGGCUUUCCUAACUGCUACAACUACGACUACAAAAAGGGUCUCUACAAUUACACGGGAGAAUGUCCGCAGCUGGAUAUAGCCAGGAACGACCUUCUGAAAUGGAUGUGGAGGUCCAGCCAGGCGCUCUACCCGUCCAUCUACCUGGAACAAAUUUUGAAGGAUUCUGGGUAUGUCAAACCGUUUGUGAAAUACCGUCUGGAAGAGGCCUUCAGGGUAUCUGGGCAGUCGGUAGAGGGCGCGCUCCCUGUAUUUCCUUACGCCCGGAUUGUGUACGCCUACAGCAUGGACUUCAUGACCCAGGAAGAUCUCAUCCAGACGAUCGGACAGAGCGCAGCAUUGGGAACUGCGGGGGUCGUCCUGUGGGGUAACAAUGACUACAGCCGCAGCAAGGAGGCGUGUCUGGAGGUGAAGUCGUACAUAGACUCUACGCUGGGGAGGUAUGUGGUGAAUGUGACGAGCGGCGCCACCCUGUGCAGCCAGGCGCAGUGCUCAGGAAAGGGACGCUGCGUGCGUAAAGACUCCACUUCUAAAUGUCACCUCCACCUGAACCCCGACAACUACCGCAUUCGGAGGAACCCCGAGGGCAGAGGCUUCCUGGUCUCCGGAGAGGCCUCCAAGAUGGACGUGAUGUACAUGGCGGCCUAUUUCCAGUGUCGCUGUUACCCCGGAUGGAAGGGGCCGGACUGCUCCCACCAAACCCGCUGACCGACGCCGCGCCGCUACCGUCUACUUCAUGCUUGUCCAAGCAGAGAGGAGCACUCGCUAAUCUGUCUGCAACCGAUGAGCAAAACCCAGCAGAAUACUGAUGUGGAGGCUCAUCCAUCUCAGUCCAGGAUCACUGUACUCCCAAUGGGGCUCCAAGCAACAGACAGUACACCCAUCUCAGUCCAGGAUCACUAUACUACCAAUGGUGUUCCAAGCAACAGACAGUACACCCACCUCA